UAGAAGUAAAACAAUUCAAAUUUGAUAUUUUUAUAUGAGGAAAUGUUUGAGUUUAUUUUUUCAUAAUUUUUUCAAUUGUAAAACUCUACAUCAAACAUAGGAACAAAUAUUUCAAUUUGAUGUUAAUCAAGAAUAAAAUGCCAUUUUCCAUAUACCAUCAGUUUCAAUAUGACUUAAAAUCUGAUUUUUAUUCCACAAAUAAGCACUUUGGAAAUAUGAUUUGGGGGGUAAAAUAGCUUGAAACACGUGAACUUAUUUUUUUCUCAAGUAAAAUUCUGUGGUAUUGGAUGUAGUGUACAAUACUCACAAUUUCAGGCACAAGGUGUCGCUCUUUACUUGGAGGAAAUAGUUCAUUCAAGGGUUGGUCUGAGCAGCCAGGAACUCCGCAUUUAAAGACUCCAUCAUGCCGGAUGCUACCGUUAAAGGAUCCUUUGAAACUUCUCAAAAAUUCAGUAAGAUUUUUAACCCAAAACUGGAGUCUAUGGUACUGUAAAUGUAAAGAAUCUUAUUUGGGAAGUCAAUGUAUGCAAUGUUCGCGUCUGAAAGAAGGGGAUUGGACACUGGGCGACUGCUGCUGUCGCUUCUGCUUCUCGCAGCCUGGGAGGCGGGCAGCGGCCAGGUCUACUACUCCAUUCCCGAGGAGGCCAAACACGGCACCUUCGUGGGCCGCAUCGCCCAGGACCUGGGGCUGGAGCUGGCGGAGCUGGUGCCGCGCCUGUUCCGGGUGGCGUCCAAAGGCCGCGGGGACCUUCUGGAGGUAAAUCUGCAGAAUGGCAUUUUGUUUGUGAAUUCUCGGAUCGACCGGGAGGAGCUGUGCGGGCGGAGCGCGGAGUGCAACAUCCACCUGGAGGUGAUCGUGGACCGGCCGCUGCAGGUGUUCCAUGUGGAGGUGGAAGUAAAGGAUAUUAACGAUAAUCCACCGGUGUUCUCUCUCAGAGAACAAAAGCUGCUGAUUUCUGAAUCUAAGCAACCUGACUCUCAUUUUCCUCUAGAGGGAGCUUCUGAUGCGGAUAUUGGAGAGAAUGCUCAAUUGACCUACAGACUAAGUCAAAAUGAGCACUUUUCUUUAGAAUUACCAACAAAUAGUAAGCAGACUAAAAGGCUGUCACUUACAUUAAAGAAGUCUCUGGAUAGAGAGAAAACUGCGGAACUUAAUUUACUAUUAACGGCUGCAGACGGCGGGAAACCGGAGCUCACUGGCACUGUUCAUCUCUUCGUCCGCGUCUUGGAUAUUAACGACAAUGAUCCGGAAUUUGAACAAUCAGAAUACAAGGUGAGAUUGAUGGAAAACGCAGCUAAAGAAACUCUUGUGAUAAAGUUAAACGCCACAGAUCAAGAUGAAGGAGUCAACGGGGAGGUGACAUACUCCUUGAUGUCGAUUAAGCCCAAUGGAAAACGUUUAUUUACACUACAUGAAAACAGUGGAGAAGUAAGGGUCAAUGGAACUUUAGACUAUGAAGAAAACAAGGUUUAUGAAAUUGAUGUACAGGCUACAGAUAAGGGGAAUCCCCCAAUGGCAGGUCACUGUACAGUCUGGGUCGAAAUCUUAGAUGCCAAUGAUAACGCCCCUGAAGUCACUGUGACUUCCCUGUCUCUUCCAGUGCGGGAGGACACUCAGCCAAGCACGGUCAUUGCGCUGAUCAGUGUAUCUGAUCGCGACUCUGGUGCCAACGGACAGGUGAUCUGUUCUCUAACGCCCAACGUCCCCUUCAAGAUCAUGUCCACGUUCAAGAACUAUUACUCACUAGUGCUGGACAGCGCCCUGGACCGCGAGAGCAUGUCUGUCUAUAAACUGGUGGUUACAGCGCGGGACGGGGGCUCGCCUUCCCUGUCGGCCACAGCCAGCGUGUCCUGCGGGCGGAGCGCGGAGUGCAGCAUCCACCUGGAGGUGAUCGUGGAUAGGCCGCUGCAGGUGUUUCAUGUGGAGGUGGAGGUGAAGGACAUUAACGACAACCAGCCGGUUUUUCCAAUGGCAGUAAAAAAUUUGUUUAUUUAUGAAUCCCGGCCGCCUGGUUCUCGGAUUCCGCUAGAGGGCGCAUCAGAUGCAGAUAUCGGAGCUAAUUCGCUAUUGACCUACACUCUUAACUCCAAUGAAUAUUUUACCUUGGAUGUUAAAAGAAAUUAUGUGGAAAUUAAAUCCCUUGGACUUGUGCUGAAAAAACUUUUAGAUCGAGAGGUCACUCCUGAGCAUCACUUACUUAUAACAGCAGUUGAUGGUGGGAAACCAGUACUCACUGGUACUAUUCAACUGAAGAUCACCGUUGUAGAUGUAAACGACAAUGCCCCAGAGUUUGAGAGCACGAUCUACAAAGUCAGAUUAUUUGAAAAUGCACCAAACGGUACCCUAGUAGUGACUGUUAACGCCUCUGAUUUGGAUGAAGGGAUAAAUAAGGACAUUGUGUAUUCUUUCAAUACAGACAUGUCAGCAGAUACAUUGUCGAAAUUCCACAUAGACCCUGUUAAUGGAUACAUCAGUGUAAAGGGUAACAUAGAUUUCGAGUUCACUAAGUUAUAUGAAAUCCAGGUAGAAGCAACAGAUAAAGGAAAUCCCCCAAUGGCAGAUCACUGCACGGUUGUAGUGGAAAUUUUGGACACCAACGAUAAUGUACCUGAGUUGGUCGUCAAAUCACUCUCUUUACCUGUAUUAGAAGAUGCUCCACGAGGAACGGUAAUCGCUCUGAUCAGCGUUUCUGACGGCGAUUCCGGUGCCAACGGGCAGGUGACCUGCACCCUGACUCAUCAUGUACCCUUCAAGCUGGUGUCCACCUUCAAGAAUUACUAUUCGCUGAUGCUGGACAGCGCCUUGGAUCGCGAGAGUAUGGCGAACUAUGAGGUGGUGGUGACCGCGAGGGACGGGGGCUCGCCUUCCCUGUCGGCCACAGCCANCGCAGCAGAGGCGGCAGAGGGUGUGCUCUGGGGAGGGGCCGCCCAAGACAGACCUCAUGGCCUUCAGCCCCAGCCUUCCUCCCGGUCUGGAUAG